AGGCGCAGGAUAGGCAUGGGACUUGGGGACCAGAGCAGGUUCAGCUUCAUCUCCCAGGAAGGGCUCCAAGGGGGACCGGUCAGGCCGACUUCCAGGGCUACGCUGCAGAUGGCAGAGACGGGCGAUUCCAAAAACAGCUCCUCCCUCGGAAACGCCUUCCGCGCGCUGUUUUACACCGCGCGUGCAGACCGCGGGAAGCACCGGUGGCGCAGGGCUCUGGGCUGGGUUCCCGGCCUAGCCCGCGAGGCCGACCCCUGUCUAGCGGGACUUUCGGGAAUUCGCCCACGAUCCAGUGCUGCGCUCGGUAACGGGGCGGUCCCGCAGCCCGAGGCCGCGCCCCCUCCGGCCCUGCGCCAGGGUGCAAGCAGUGCGAGGCUAGGCGGGCUCAGGUCCAGUGUCACGAUGUCGCCCAAGCAGGCCCCGCGCGUGCCCUGGAUGCUGCUCCUGCUGCUGCUGUCGCCGGCUGCGGGUGAAACCUUCUCCGGUCCUGCAAUUCCUGAGUCCAACUCCAAAGCUCUGAAGCCGCAGCAGCAAGAGGGCGGAGGCGCUGAGGGCCCCGGGACGGUGCCCACCCGAGGCUUUGCGCACUCGACCACUCAACCGGCAGCCAGCGCCACCACGCAUGAGGCGGCCACCAUAGCGAGGAACACCAGCGGCUCCCUGACCCGGGCCCCCUCGGGAUCCCCCACCCUUGCUCCCACGGGGUCCCCCACCCAGCCCCCCACACAGUUCCCCAACCCUACGGAGUCCCCCGCCCCCACGGAGCCCAUCUGCCCCCCACCUGCCACCCCCUGCUCCAAGGCCCAAACUCAAGAGGCGCAGGAAGCCUUAGGGGAGGCGCUGACCGACUUCGCCCUGAAGCUGUACCAGGCCUUUGCAGCCACGAAGAACUCAGAAAGCAACAUCGCCUUUUCCCCGUUCAGCGUGGCCAGCCUGCUCACACAGGUCCUGCUGGGGGCUGGGGACAGCACCAAGAAGAACCUGGAGGUUGUCCUCUCCUAUCCUCCGGGCUUCGUCUGUGUCCACCAGGCCCUGCAGGCCUUUGUGUCCAAGGGGGUCACCUCUGUCUCCCAGAUCUUCCACAACUCCGACCUGCCCAUCAGGGACAGCUUCGUGAACGCCUCGCAGAGCCUGUACGGCAGCAGCCCCCAGGCGCUGGGCAACGACUCGGCCGCCAACCUGGAGCACAUCAACAGCUGGGUGGCUGAGCACACCAGGCACAAGAUCAGCCGGCUGCUGGACAGCCUGCCGUCCGACUUCCGCCUGGUGCUGCUCAACGCCAUCUACCUGAGCGCCAAGUGGAAGCAGCCCUUCGACCAGAAGAAGAAGAUGGAGCCCUUCCACCUGCGGAACACCGUCGUCCAGGUGCCCAUGAUGAUGAGCAAGAAACACCCGGUGGCACAAUUCAUCGACCACAACUUGCGGGCCAAGGUCGGGCAGCUGCAGCUCUCCCACAACCUGAGCUUCGUGAUCCUGGUGCCGCAGACCCUGGAGCAGCCCCUGGAGACGCUGGAGAACGCACUCAGUCCAGAACUCCUCAGGGCCGUCAUCAGGAAACUGGAGAUGUCCAAGUACCAGCCUACCUACCUGACCAUGCCAAGGGUCAAGGUGGCCAGCUCCCAGAGCCUGCUACCCAUCAUGGAGAAGCUGGAAUUCUUUGACUUUGCCUACGACCUCAACCUGUGUGGGCUGACAGAGGACCAGGACGUGCAAGUGUCGGAGAUGCGACACCACAGCGUGUUGGAGCUCACCGAGACCGGCGUGGAGGCCGCCGCGGCUUCUGCCAUCUCCGUGGCCCGCAACCUGCUGGUCUUUGAGGUGCAGCAGCCCUUCCUGUUUGUGCUCUGGGACCAGGAGCACAAGUUCCCUGUCUUCAUGGGCCGGAUCUACGACCCCAGGGCCUGAGAACCGGGUCGAGGUUGGGACGGGUCCAUAAACCCAGGCCUCAGUUUCCCCAGGACAGCCCACUGCACCCGUCUGCUGGGGACUUGCCCGCCAUCACCUCUCUGCUGAAGGCUGCCCUGUUUCCAUCCCCUCCCGUGGCCCUGCCAUGCUCUACACACCACUUUUUGUAGCCUUCUCUGGUUCAAGUUCACCAGCCCCUACAAUAAAACCUGGCUAGCCAUGA